AUGGUCGAAUACUCUAAUCAGAAGACCAACGUCGGCUUCAUCGGUUUGUCUGCAACCUCAGGCUGGGCAGCGACGGCGCUUGCGCCCGCGCUUAUCCAGCCGUCGUUGCGCGACAAGUACGAUCUUGUAGCUGUGUCAACCACAACCGAAGCUUCAUCCCUGGCUUCAGCCGAUAAAUAUUCCAAGGAAGUCGGCCAUCACAUUAAAUCGUAUUUUGGACCCGCAUCUCGCAUAGCUUCCGAUGAGGAUGUCAAUCUCGUCGCCAUCUCGGUAAAGGCACCACAUCACAAAGAGGUUGUUCUCUCCGCCAUUGAGGCGAAGAAGGACUUUUUUGUUGAAUGGCCCGCUGGGAUAUCAACUAAAGAAACGGAAGAAAUCGCCUCUUCAGCUCGCGAACACGGAGUCAGAUCGCUCGUUGGACUUCAAGGACGCCAUUCUGUCGUCGUUCGCAAGGUCAAGGAAAUCUUGUCGUCUGGUGUUGUUGGUACGGUCAGGUCUACCAACGUCAUUGCACAUCUGCCGAGAGAAGCGGGAACCUUUCCGCCAUUCACAUUUGAUUAUUACGAAUACACACUUGACAAGAAUAAUGGUGCUACAAUGCUCACGGUACCGAUUGGACAUCAGCUCGAUACACUCACACAUGUCCUCGGUGACUUUGUUAAAGUCUCUGCAAUAGCAACCAAUGUCUACCCUGUGCUCACCGUGCUCGACCGUACCCACAAACCAACAGGAAAAACCGUGGCAUAUCAUCAACCUGACCACUACGCCAUAUCCGGCGUGCUUAAAAGUGGUAUUCUCGCUAACAUACUGUGGAGAACGGGAUAUGCCUCGACAGAAGGCCGACGUCAGUACGUCUGGGAGAUUGAGGGAGAGGAAGGCACAAUAAGGAUGGAGUCGAACAAUUUAUUGGGAGCUAUGGCCAGCAUGAUCGAGCCAGACCUCUAUCUUAACGGCAAGAAAGUCGACUUCGAGACCUCUGGAAACGCAGUCGAAUCGUGCGUCGAGGCAUGGAUGCCAUUUUCCAACGGUCCUGGAGGUGAUUAUGCCACUAUUGAAGAUGCCGUCAAGCACCAUCGUCUUUUAGAUGCGAUCGAAGCAAGUGUACAGGAGGGGAAAGUAGUUGCUUUGUAA